AUGGGGCUGCAGCAGCAGGCCAAGGCGUUUGCCACGGCGGCGCAGGGAAGCGGCGGCGGCGGCGGCGGCGGCGGCGCGGCAGUGCUGGGGCGGCAGCCGGUAGAGGUUGGUGCUGACCUGGCCGCGCGGCUGGCGGAGCCGUGGGCGGAGCUGCUGCUGCACGAUGGGUUUGCGGCGCUGAGGGAGGCGCUGUUGGCGCGCGGCGAGGGCGGCGGAGGCGCAGCUGCCGGGGGCGCGGAUGGUUUGGGCGCGGUGGCCGCGGCGGUGGUUCAGGUGGUGGGCGGGGCGCCGGCGGGGGAGAUGGCGGGGCUGCGGGGACGCCUGUACGAGGGGCGCCAAAAGCUGGCCGUUGCGGCUGGGGGCCAAUGA